UGUCACCCAGCACCCUAUAUGUGGAAGUACAAACAUCAACAAGGUCAAGGUCAUUGUUGGCUACAUAGCAAGUUUAUCAGGUUGAGUUACAUGAGACCUUGUGGGAAAAGGGGGAGGAAGAAGAGGAGGAGGAGGAGAAUACCAGAAACAGUUAGAUGUGCUAGUACACACCUUCAACCCCAGCAUUUGGGAAGCAAAGGCAGGCAGAUCUAUGUGAGUUUGAUGUCGGCCUGGUCUACAGAGCGAGUUCCAGGACAGUCAGGGCUACAAGAUCUACAUAGUGAAACCCCAUCUAAAGAAAAAAAUUAUACACGCACAUAUACAUUUUUUAUUUAAAGAUUUAUUUAUUAUAUAAGUAUACUGUAUCUGUCUUCAGACACCAGAAGAGGGCAUCAGAUCCCAUUACAGAUGGUUGUGAGCCACCAUGUGGUUGCUGAGAAUUGAAUUCAGGACUCCUGGAAGAGCAGACAGUGCUCUUAACCCCUGAGCCAUCUCACCAACCCACAUAUACAUAUACAUAUAUACAUAUAAAACUGUGGGCUUUUCCACCAUGCCCUAGUUCAUGAGUAACAAUUAGGAGGCUUAUAAUUUAUCAAUAAAUGCCUAGGUUUUAAGCUAGGCUUGUUCCCCAACCAGCUCAUAACUCAGUUAUCCUGUUAUUCCAUUGUGCGUCUGCCCCGUGGCUGGUUAUCCCUCCUCACUUUCAUACAUCUGACUUCCUCCUAGUAAGGAUGGUGAAUCUUCCCAUGCCUGACUGUUUCCUAGAGUUCCUUUCUCUGUCUGCUGGAUAUCCCACCUUCUACUCCUGCCUCAGCUUAUUGGCCAUCGGAUUUUUAUUUUGAUGAAUCAGAAGGUGCCUUAGGCUGGCAAAGAACAGAGACAUAUUUUCCCACAGUGCAUAUAAAUAUUAUCCCUACAUGUAUAUGUGCAUAUGUAUAUGAUAUAUAACAUAUGAUGUACACACACACACACACACAGGUGCACAUGCACACAUAUAUCUAUGCAUGAGCCCAUGUUUUAAAAAAAAAAAAAGAACACAGAGAGAAGCCGUGCUCCCUCCAGGAUGCCUAAUGCGGUGACAUCCCACAAGCUGGGCUGGGCAUGUUGGUUUUCGGUGGCCUUGAGGGUGCAGGAAUGGGUGUUUGCAGCGUCCUUUCAAAUGACAGGUGGGUCAUGUUCAACCACGUGGAGAGCUGGAGUGCAGGGGAGCUGUGAGCUCACCGCAGCAUUGUGAGCUCACAACUGAGCUCACAGACACACUUUAGACACGGUGACUCCAGCUAGGGCAGAGAUGGCUUCCUCUGGUUAUGAUGUUAGUACUUCCUUCGUGAUUCUCAUUCCCCGAGAGCCAUCUGCCAGACGAAGGAAACGGGCCUCUGCCCAGCGGAAGGAGGAGGCUCGAGCGAGGGCCUCAUCCUGCUGGAGCUGGGUAUGGGGAGAGGAACAGAGACAGGCAGAUGACGACGGUCAGUUAGAGAUGAAUGACUUCGCAGUCCUCAAAGCUGAUCCUGGCCAGGUGUUCUGGCCUGCUCAGGUGACCACAGACAACACUGCUUCUGCACCUCCAACCACUGAUGACGUUAUGUUCCUCGGGGUCGUUCCUUGCCCAGAUGCUGAUCUCAUUAGGGGGGUGUCACCUCAGAGCCACGAUGCUGGCAAUUGCUCUAACCUCAUGGAGGAGACCAAGACUUUCUCUUCGACUGAGAGUCUGCGACAACUUUCUCAACAGCUCAAUGGCCUUGUGUCUGAGUCUACAUCCUACAUCAACGGGGAGGGCCUCACGUCUUCCAACAUGGAGGAACCUGAAGGCCUGGACCAUGGAAUACAGGAGACCCUGUCUCAAAAAUUCCAUAGGGGUAGGAGGGCUUGCAAUGUAGCUCAGUGGCUACAUUCUUAUCUGUUGGGCACAAGGCUCUGGGUUCGAUUCCUAGAACCAAAACAGAAAAAGAGAAGUCACGGGAUCACAAGAGUAUGUUUGAGCAAUACUUAGCCAAUCUGAGACACUUGGGGACAUCCAGAUAAGAAACACUGACAUCCGUACAAGAGAAAGACAGACGUUCAGUCGUGCUGUGGACAGUCCCAACCUGAAA